AGCUCCCCUCCCCACCCCGCCCCCCACCGCCGCCGCCGCCCGCGAAGAUGCCACCGAACCUCGAGUGCCGGAUGUACGAGCCGCGGUUCCCGGAGGUGGACGCGGCGGUGAUGAUCCAGGUGAAGCACAUCGCCGACAUGGGCGCCUACGUCUCGCUCCUCGAGUACAACAACAUCGAGGGCAUGAUCCUCUUCUCCGAGCUCUCCCGCCGCCGCAUCCGCUCCAUCUCCUCCCUCAUCAAGGUCGGCCGCCAGGAGCCCUCCAUGGUGCUCCGCGUCGACCGCGACAAGGGCUACAUCGACCUCUCCAAGCGCCGGGUCUCGGAGGAGGAGGCCGCCACCUGCGAGGACCGCUACAACAAGUCCAAGCUCGUCCACUCCAUCAUGCGCCACGCCGCCGACACCCUCGGCGUCGACCUCGAGCCCCUCUACCAGCGCAUCGGCUGGCCGCUCUACCGCAGGUACGGCCACGCCUUUGAGGCCUUCAAGCUCAUCGUCACCGACCCCGACGGGGUGCUCGACGUCCUCACCUACGAGGAGACCGUCGUCGGACCCGAUGGCGAGGAGGUGACUAAAGUUGUGCCGGCGGUCACCCCUGAGGUUAAGGAUGCCCUGGUCAAGAACAUAAGGAGGAGAAUGACACCACAGCCUCUUAAGAUUCGUGCUGAUGUUGAGAUGAAAUGCUUCCAGUUUGACGGUGUUCUCCACAUUAAGGAAGCCAUGAGGAAAGCUGAAGCUGCUGGAAACGCUGAUUGCCCUGUGAAGAUUAAGCUAGUUGCUCCUCCGCUUUAUGUUCUGACCACACAGACACUUGACAAAGACCAGGGGAUAGCAGUUCUGACAAAUGCAACCAAAAUUUGUGCCGAGGCAAUUGAAAAGCACAAGGGGAAAUUGGUGGUGAAGGAAGCAGCUAGAGCUGUGAGCGAGAGAGACGACAAGCUGUUUGCGGACACGAUUGAGAAGCUCAAGCUAGCAGGCGAGGAGGUCGACGGCGACGACGAUAGCGAGGAGGAGGACUCUGGCAUGGGAGACGUAGACUUCACAAAGGCUGGCGCUGGCGCGGACUGAGCGGGUCUCCUCCCAGGUGGGAUGAGAUUGCUUGUACAGCGCCAGCAAUGAAGGGGAAGAAUGUUUGGCUCCUCCUGUUUGUUUGAGGAGGCACGUUGGAUGGAUGGACGAGUGUUUACUCUGUUAUUAGAUAUUGAUGAUCAGUUGUAGGCUACCCGUAGUCUUACAGAUUGAUUUGCUUUUCGCUGAGCACUGAUUCUGAAUACUGUUAAUUGCGCUUUUGCUACCUGUUUUCAUCAGCAUUUAUACAUGGAUUUUGCUUAUCGUUGCUCACUAAGUGGAAUUUGGUGCAUGACACUGAGCUUA